CCGGGAUCCACGAAACGGACCGAUCGUUCGCCGGCUGCCUGUGACCGGCUGGUGGAGGAGAAGGAGCAGGGGCGCCGGUGGUGCAGUGCUGAAACCGGAACCGGAAGGCCGGUGGUUGGCCCACAGAAAACCAACCAGCUAUGGUCGCGCGCCGGGGAUACGUCGUCGUCGUCGCUGUUCGUAGGACUAACGAUGCUUCUGCUGCAUCUCGGUGACGUGGACUGCCGAGCACCGAAGGAACCGUAUUAUGGACGCGAAAUCGGCAGACUCACCAACUUCGGGCACGGCAUUAAGGGUCAAGUGUUCGCCGUCGAUGAGUCGACACUGUUUGUCAAAGGGUUCGCGUACGACGGCAACGCACCGGAUGCGUUCUUCUGGGUCGGCAACUCACCGCGCCCGAGCCCCGAGGGCUACAUCAUACCGUACCCGGAAGAGUACAGCGGGAGAGAACCACCGGUGCUGCAGCAGCACAACAACACAGACAUCAUCCUGAAGCUGCCGAUGGGAAAACGGAUUCGCGACAUUCGCUGGCUUUCGGUCUGGUGCCGACGGUUCACGGUCGAUUUUGGCGAAAUCUUCAUCCCGCCCGGGCUGGACGUACCGAAGCCGCGGGUCCUGCCCGAGUUCAAGCGGCUGGCGCACGGGCUCCGGUCGAGCAACAUCAGCAUCCUGGACGCGAAGACGUUCUACAUUCCCAACCUGCACUACGACGGGGCCGGACCGGACGCGUACUUCUGGGUCGGCAACGGGUCCGAGCCCAACAUUAUGGGCACCAAAGUUCCUAACGAGAUCGGUUCGCUGGAACCGCUGCGCGGCUACCAGGGCGAGGACAUCGAGAUCCAGCUGCCCGGCAAUCUGACCGUCUACGACAUCGACUGGCUGGCGGUGUGGUGCGUCGAGUACCGGCACAACUUUGGCCACGUCUACAUCCCGCGGGAUCUGGACGUACCGCCGGCCCUCGGGCAGACGAAAAUAGCGGGCACCAGCAAACCGACCAACGUCAACUGUCGCGAACUGAUCCGUGGCCGACUGAACGUCAUGUGGGAAGUGCUGGAUGAUUACAUCGUGAUCGAGCUGAUCGGACGGAUCGCCGAGGAGCAGUACAUGGCGUUCGGGAUCUCGGGGAGCCACGGACACCCGCAGAUGGUCGGUGCGGACGUGGCGGUAGCCUUCUACGACCGGCGGCAGCGCCGGUUCCGGGCCGAGGACUACUACCUCUCGUCGUUGGCCCAGUGCGACGGCAAGCUCGGUGUGUGUCCGGAUGAGCGCAUCGGUGGCAAGAACGACGUGGAGAUCCUGUCCGGUGACCGUAGCCACGGUGUGACGCGCAUCAAGUACCGUCGGUUGCUGCAAACGAACGAAGCCGUCAACGAUCGAGCGUAUCCGCUCGAUCGACAGGUAUCGGUGAUUGCGGCCAUCGGACCUCUGAACUCGCGCGAUGAAGCCAACUCCCAUACGCACACUGGGACCGACGUGACGGUGGACGACGUGCAGAUCGAUUUCUCGUCCAAAAAUGAUCACACCUGCACCGACGCCCUCGACAGCUACCGGGAGGAGGACGGACCGGAGCCGUGGCCAACGAGAAUGAUUCUCGGCGAGCGGGUUAUCACGGCCCGGAUCGGACCGACCGGUGGCAAGCGGGGCUACACACCGAUCACGGGCAACCCGUCGUGGGGUAUCGCGUGGUACAUGAACGACAAGCUAAUCCCGGAGAUCUACGUCGAGCGUGGCCAAACGUACACGUUCGUCGUAGAGGGUGGCGAUGAGCCGACGCAACCGGCCAAAUAUCACCCACUGUACAUCACGAACUCCCCGGAGGGAGGGUACGGCCAGCUGUCGGAGGCCCAGAAACGCCGGGAAACCGUCUACGCUGGCGUCGAGUACGAUUCGUCCGGUUACGCCGUUCCUACUGCAGCCGGUCGGUACUGCGAGUGGAAGCACAAGACCAUCGACAAGUCGACGGAAAUCGCAACGUUCGACGAGUACAUGAAGACGCUCCAGUUGGUCUGCGACGACCCGAACGGCCAGCCGUCCUACCUCAACUGGACCGUGGUGGACGAAACGCCCGAUCUGGUGUACUAUCAGUGCUUCACGCAUCGCAACCUGGGCUGGAAGAUCCGCGUCGUCAAUCCGGGUGAAACUAGUAAGAUCAGUGGAUCGCAUGGUCUGUACGGUAGUGGAGUCACGGUGCUGCUCGUGUCCGUCGGGUCACUGAUGGCGUCGGGUCUGCCGUGGAGUUUCUGAUAGUUUUGUGCGUGCUUUGCUACGCAUCGCCUAUGACGGGGGUCGGGUCGGGAACUGGGGCGAUUGUCCCACUGGCGACUGGAGUUUAACUAGGAUCUAGAGUGCAUUUGCCACACUCAACCCACUCGCUGGCAUCUUUUGGAGCCUGUUGCGCCUAUGUUGUUUGUUGAGUUUCCGGGAUGCAUACCGAGCUGGGGCUGAUGGGUGAAGUCAUGUUGGUAGUGUGGCCAUCGGUGGCCAUUUUUCUGCCCUUUCUUUUUCUGCCACUCCCAACUUCACGCCUCGUGCCGCUCGCGCGCCGAUGGAAGCAAUGUCUUUAUCCGUCCACACACACAGACCGACACAGACACAUCAAGGGUUAUCAUUUCAAAACAAUAGAACGUGACCACAGAUCCGGCAACCGUGGGCCUCGCGAUCGGUCCACUACCACUAUGGCUUCCAGCGGGUGCAGCUCCAGCGCGACCUGUCACGUGGCUAGGGCGGGCGUUUUUAGGUAGGCAAUUCAACACAUUUACAAUGCAGAGCGCUGCGCUCUCUCUGCUGGCGGUGCCGGUCUUUGGGCUCCGCUAACCGAGCCCAGGAAUCCCCGCAUCCAAAAACCAAUACAACCAUGCGAUAUCGCUGAAAAACAUAUCUUACCUAGUGUGAAUCUGGAAUGGCGGCGCGGCGGAUGAAGGACCCCACGAAGAACCGGAAGUGGAAUCGGCACAACAGACGAAGCAAAGCUUUGCUGUGACGGAACGAAACGGAGAAACGGACACACAACCGUUAGCUAAUCAAUUUACUAUGCGGAUAGGCGGACGGCUUGACCACGGAGAAGGGUUGAAACGUGGACCAUGUUCCGCGGAAGCUUAGCGUUAAACGGCAUGGCACCCGGGAAGGGCGUGUGCUUGUACAGGAUGCCCAGGAACGGCUGAUGCUUGAAUUUGGGUACAACGUCUAAGUUGUUCUUCCGAUUCGUUACCAAACCCUGUUCACGUCCAACAUUUAUUUUCCAAUGACAUCGCAUUUUUAUUUUGCUAGGUU